UCAGCACAACUGCUGUAAGGUCUUUUCAAAGACGAGCGGCUUGAGGCUGUUGAGACGGGACGAUGGCCAACAACGGUCAGAGUUAAUCAAAUCUCACAAAUUAAAGUAGGUAGCAAUGAAGGCCGCACAACAAACCAACAGUCCUGAGUUUAGACAGAACAACACUUAUGACUUUAACCCAGUGAUGUGAAUCCUCAAUCCUCCUGCAGAAUAAACCAUUGAACAUGCACAUUAAGUUCAGUCUGCUCCUGUUAUUUCAAUCAGCCAGUUGCAAUGUUUCCUUAAAGCCAGCAGCUCUUAUCACCGUAUUCCUGUGUGACCUUGGAUCCAUCUCCACUGUCAGUAGCCCUCUAGAGUUAGAAUGAGUGUGGUCCCCUCCAUGUGUAGACUCUGCUCGUUCUAUAAGGUAUCUAUCGUAUAGAACAAGCACAGACUAUUAAUGUGAACUAACUUCUCUCAUCACCACAGCUCAAGGGCUCGAUCAUGACUCACGACGACGACUGCUGCACAACAGAAGACGAAGCCGAGAGCAGGCAGCAGCAGCGUCUCGCUCUGGAGAGAGUGGAGAAAGGAACAAAGUGGACACGGGUGGCGUCGGCGCGGCUGAGGAAACACUGCUCAUGCUCCCCUGACAAGGCUAAGUCCAAAACACUGGGCUUCGUCCCGAUUCUGAAAUGGCUACCGCGCUACCAGCUGAGGGACUGGCUCCUGGGCGAUGUCAUGUCGGGGCUGAUUGUUGGAACCCUGCUGGUGCCCCAGUCCAUAGCCUACUCCCUACUGGCCAGCCAGGACCCCAUUUACGGCAUCUACACCUCCUUCUUCUCCAGCAUCAUCUACGCCCUGUUGGGUACCUCCAGACACAUCUCGGUGGGGAUCUUUGGGGUGCUCUGCCUGCUUGUGGGCCAAGUUGUGGACAGAGAGUUGGCUCUGGCAGGAUUCCUCCCAGAAAGCAGAGGUGCUGGGAGUGACAACAGCACUUUCCCACUGGUUGUCCAGGGGAACAGCAGCACUGGGGUGGAAUGUGACAGAAGCUGUUACGCCAUCACAGUGGGAGCGACGCUUACCUUUACUGCUGGGGUUUACCAGGUGAUAAUGGGUCUUUUCCAGGUUGGCUUCAUAUCCGUGUACCUCUCGGACUCCCUGCUCAGUGGCUUUGCUACAGGAGCCUCUUUGACCAUCCUCACUUCCCAGAUCAAGUACCUUCUGGGCCUAAAGAUCCCAAGACCCCAGGGCUGGUUCACGCUAUUCAAGACUUUGUACAGUUUGCUCACCAACCUGGGAAACACUAACAUUUGUGACCUGGUGACCAGUGUGCUGUGUUUGCUGAUACUUGUACCUACCAAAGAGCUUAACGACCGCUUCAAAUCCAAACUAAAGGCACCGAUUCCCUUCGAGCUCUUUGUGGUGAUAAUUGCAGCACUGGCUUCUCACUUUGGCUACUUCAACACAGAGUACGGUUCUGAAGUGGCUGGUGACAUCCCCACAGGCUUCCUUCCCCCUCAGAUGCCUUUAUGGUCUCUGAUUCCCAGCGUGGCUCUUGAUGCUUUUUCCAUUGCCAUCGUGGGAUUCGCCAUCACUGUCUCAUUGUCCGAAUUGUUUGCCAAGAAGCACGGCUACCAGGUGGAUGCAAACCAAGAGAUGUAUGCCAUCGGCUUCUGCAACAUCCUGCCUUCUUUUUUCCACUGCUUCGUCACCAGCGCUGCCUUAACCAAGACUCUCGUCAAGGAGUCCACAGGUUGCCAGACACAACUGUCUGGACUGGUCUCCGCCGUCGUCCUUCUGCUGGUGCUUCUAGUAAUUGCGCCGCUCUUCUAUUCCCUGCAGAAGUGUGUGCUGGCUGCCAUCAUCGUGGUCAACCUCCGUGGUGCUCUACGAAAGUUCACUGACGUUCCCAACAUGUGGCGUGUCAAUCGCGUGGAUACCUCCAUCUGGCUGAUCACCAUGGCAACCUCAGCGCUGGUCAACACGGAGCUGGGCCUCCUUGUUGGGGUUUUGGUGUCAGCCUUCUGCGUCUUGGGCCGAACCCAGCAAGCCCAGGUGGUGGAGCUGGGCCGAGCUGCAAGCAGGGAGCACUACGAGGACCUGUCUUCUUACCGAGGCCUUGAGACGCUUCCUGAAGUGGCCGUCUUCAGGUACGAGGCUCCAAUUUACUACGCCAAUCAGAGCUUGUUCAAAAAGUCUCUCUACAAGUGUGUGGGGCUCGACCCUGUGAAGGAGAAAGCACGGCGUACGAAGCUCAAGAAGAAGAGCAAACCACAGGAAGAAGGCAGAGGCGACAUACAUAAGAAGUCUGAAGGGGACAAAGUGUGUAAAGGUGAAGAGACUCAAGCUGCAGUGAAUGUUACCUUGAUGCUCAACGAAGCUCCUCGUAGCGUACGCAGCAUCGUCAUGGACUGCAGCGCUGUCCUGUUCCUAGAUACCGCUGGGUUAAAUGCUCUCAAAGAGGUCAGAAAAGAUUACGGAGAACUUGGGGUCAGGGUUGUUCUGGCUCAUUGUAAUACCACGGUGCUGGACACUCUGGAAAAAGGCGGCUAUGAACCCAACAAAGAAGGCGAGACCGGCGAAAACAACGUAAUAUUCUUCACCAUCGGAGACGCCGUCCGCUACGUCCAGAGCCUCUCUGCUGCCAACGGAGAAUGUGACACCAAAUAAGACAUUAACAUAUGUGCAGUAGACAACAGGAAAGUUGUUUCUAAGUGCCUUAAAUACUACAGAGAUUCAGGUACAGUUAUUUUAUGAACCCAUGUAGAAAAGCCUUAGUCUCUCCUUAGAGGAUGUAGAGCCGCAGAUCAAAAGCCUUAAACUGAACCUUUUAAUGGAAUUGAUUUUUUACAUCUAUGUUCAUCAUUCCAAUCUGCAGCGUCCUUAGAGAUAUUAGUGUAGCUCAGUGCCUAAACUAUGAAAUGGACAUACUGUCACUGUCCUAAUAUAUAUAUAUAUAUAUAUAUAUAUAUAUAUAUAUAUUUUUUACUGUUACUAGUUUGUUACUCUGCUUGGGUAGUUGUUUCUGACUUUCAGAGGCUGUUUUGGCUCCUCAGCUCAGGUUUCUGGCCAGUGAUGCAAUUAAAUACUGAAUUUAGGCCAGUUUGACAAUUCAUGGCAAAGAGGGUGAAACAGAAUGUCUAAUCAAACUUUUCCAAAAUGUUAAGUCUAUUUUAUGAUGUCAUAAAGCUCAGGCUCACAGUUGGUUCUUGUUGAACAAUAUGCAGGGUAUAUAUGAUCCUUGUACAAACUUGAAUAUUGUCCAGCACAUUUCAGCAGAUAUGACAGGAGGCUGUCGUCUAAACAUCUGCCCUGUUGGAAAGGGGAAGUACUGGAAAUCCCUCACUUUUACACCAACAUAAGGACAACGAUAAGGAGGAGAAACCUCCUGGACACUGACAUUUACGGCUUUGUUUAUUCAUAUGACUAAAGUCACAGAAGCAGCAUUAACGUAGCACUUACAGUACAGAAACAGGUAGAGUCUUAUGACUAACAUUAUAGUAUGUUUGUGAUAAACCAGACAUGUAACUAGCCCAUAAACACAAACACUGCUUCCUGAAGGUUUCAGGGUUACAGUAGCUUUUAUCUGUUCAUCCUGCGGUCCUAUCUUAAAGCCAACAUGUUUAUGACCCUGCAGCGCUGCAAUGUACCAAAUACUGCAGUCAGGGUCUGUGAAGCUUUACAGUUAAAUGUUGGGGAAUUCUGAGCUUUUUUUAGCCCAAAAAUAGAAAUCCCAUGUAGCAUAAUUUACAUAUAUUUUUAUACUUGCUUUUACAUAAAACAAAGAAUAUGGAUUUGUUUACGAUAUCUUAAAUGACAAAAACUGUACAGCCUUUGUGACGUUCACUGAAUAGCAGUUGUAAAAUAUGAACGUACUCAAGGUUUGUUCCAACAGUUUUUCACAUGAUCCAUGUUUGUCUACUGUAUAAGUUUAAUUUCAGCUUGGAACAAAUCUACAAACUGAUAGGAUCUGUGAAAUGGUAGCACCUCUGUCUAAUUUCUGGGUUUCUUUUUUGCUUCAAGAUAAAAUAUAUACAUAUAUUAAAUUGCCAAAAAAGAAAAGUCAAAGCUUCCUAAUGUCCUUGCUCCUGAGAUAUUAUGGUUCCAGGGCUUUAGUUGGUGUCAGCACUUUAUCCUGCAACUGCUACUAAACUGUGGACUCAGCAAACAGUAUCCAUUUGUUAAUGCAUUUUUAUCUUCUGCUGGUGAAAGGUUUCCUUAUUAUUUCGAAUACAUUGCAUCACUUGUUAAACAACCUUUAUUUACCCUGAAUCAGUUCUGUUCGGCUUUUAGUUAUCACACUACACCUGAGUAGCCACACCUCACCCUGGCAAACGAUGCCAACGGACUUGUAACCAGGAGCUUAUGUAAUAUCUGGACACGGCCAACAUAUAUACAAUAAAAAUAAAAUAUUAGCUGCA